AUGGCUACUACUCGAGCUUCCUACUCGUAUAAUACAUUAUACAAAAACAAUGUUGAUCAAUAUUCAACGUACCGAACACCCGAUAAUAGAACGACUGUGCCGAAUGACAAAGUUGACUGGAAUACUGCAUGGGUUGACUAUGCUCCAACUGAAUAUACUACCGAGAAAAUAUUGCAGAAUAAAAAAGCAGAUCCAUCCGACGCGACCCAAAUUGACAAUUUUAAUUCUGUGGGAGAAAGAAUAGAUCGAACAAGUUCCACUGGAACUUAUCAAUUUGAUGACAGAAACCGCCCGAGAAAUCCGAUGGGUCGAACGGGUCUAACUGGAAGAGGCAGGCUCUAUUUCUGGGGACCAAAUCAUGCUGGUGAUCCAAUUGUAACAAGAUGGUGUCGCGAUGCACAGAAAAAUAUUAUAUGGCGUCAAGAUGAAAGUGGAUGGUUUAAAAAAGUGUUAGAAGUUGUCACAAUUCAGAGAAGGGAUAACCAAGAGCUUGCUCUGCCUGGUGGAAUGGUUGAUCCAGGAGAGAAAGCAUUCAGUACUCUAAUAAGAGAAUUCAAGGAAGAAGCAAUGAAUUCAUUAGAAAUAAAGGAUAUAUCAAAAAGUUCUGCUAAUUGUAUUGAAAAGUUAUUUGAGAAAGGAAGACAGAUAAGUUAUGUAGAUGAUCCAAGAAAUACUGACAAUGCGUGGAUGGAGUCGACCGCUUGGCACUUUCAUGAUGAAACUGGAGAAUUAACUAGAGAUUUGAAGCUGUCAGCGGGAGAUGAUGCAACAAAAGCUAUGUGGACUCCCGUUGAUCGUCAUCUAAAACUGUAUGCUUCUCAUUCUAAGUUUCUUGAAAUUGUCGUUAAUCGAUUACAUGCUUAUUGGUGA